CGAGCUCCGGGCCGCUGCAACUGGCUCCAAGUUCCCUCCCUCGCUCUCCCGCGGAGCCUGCCUGAUCCCGCCCCUCGGUGCGGAGGUGCAAACGCGGCGGCGGCCAGCCCAGCCCUCCGUUGCCGCGCGAUCUGGGCCCGUUCGCCCACCGCGGGCCGCUCGGAGCCAGUGGCGAGGACCCGGCGGCCGCUUCAUCUCGGCCUGCAGUGCCCAGCGCGGCCCAAGCUCCUCCUCGCGAUCUUUGGAGCCUGGUCCCUGGCCUGGCUGCCUUCAGGGGCCGGAGCUCGGCUAAGUUGGUCCCACCCAUCCCCUCCAGUCCUGGUGAUCCUUGAUCUGAUGAAUAUUGAUGGAAUUUUGCCUUCUCCAGAAUUUUAAAAAUCCCCAAGCUGGACACUGAGAACAUCAUUCCUAUUUUUUCUGAGUCUUCAGUUGAAAGCUGCCAGGACUCUACGGCCUAGAAAGGAAAUAAAGGAUAUUUCCUGCUGCAGAGGGGAUUUUAAGCAAGGAAGGCUUUCCUUGGCUUCUGCCUGCAAUCUGUAAAACACUCAUUGCCUUUUCGGAGACUUGGAGCAGAUGGAGAACUAAAGCUUCCAGGGCCUGCGAAGCUCCGCCUGUGUGGUAGUUCACAGUCCGCACUAGCUCUGCUGCAGUUGAGCACAAAGACCUGAAGGAGACUCCCACAGCCUUCAGGGAGAAGAAAGGAGGCAGCCAAGCCGAUUAAAAGGAACUUGUGGCUUGUGGCCUUUUUGUGCAGGGGCUGCCUGGAAGGGGAGAAAAGUGCGCUGAAGCCACGGCGGCGGUUAAUGAGCUGUGAGAUGAGGAGCAGCUGCGGCUGACACUGCUUCCAGGAUCCUUCGUCUGCCCUUUGUGCUUCAUGUACAUGUGUCUGUUCAGGCCGGCCAGAGGCGCCCAGAAGAGCAUCCACCACGGCUGCCGGGGAAAGACCGCCCACCAUGCCCACGGAGACGCUACAGACAGGUAGCAUGGUGAAGCCGGUCAGCCCCGCGGGCACCUUCACGUCGGCGGUGCCCCUACGCAUCCUGAACAAAGGACCCGACUACUUCCGCAGGCAGGCCGAGCCCAACCCCAAGAGACUCAGUGCGGUGGAGCGGCUGGAGGCUGACAAGGCCAAGUACGUCAAGAGCCAGGAGGUGAUCAACGCCAAGCAGGAGCCCGUGAAGCCGGCUGUGCUGGCCAAGCCCCCGGUGUGCCCAGGAGCCAAGCGCGCACUGGGCAGCCCCACUCUCAAGGUGUUUGGCAACCAUGCCAAGACCGAGAGCGGUGUGCAACGCGAGACCCUCAAACUCGAGAUCCUCAAAAACAUCAUCAAUAGCUCCGAGGGCUCCAGCUCUGGCUCUGGCCACAAGCACAGCUCCCGAAACUGGCCUCCUCACAGGGAUGCCACUGACCUGCACCGACACUCCUUUGCUGAGUCGCUGAAGGUGUACCCUACGCCUGGGCGAGGCAGCCCGCAGGAGAGCAGCUCCCAUGUGAGCAGGAGACUGCUGGAGCAGUCCCCAGAGUCUUUCCUGCACGUCUCACACAGCUCCUCGGACAUCCGCAAAGUGACCAGCGUGAAGCCCCUUAAAGCCAUCCCCUGCAGCAGUUCCGCCCCUCCCCUGCCUCCCAAGCCCAAGGUAGCUGCCAUGAAGUCUCCCGAGGCUGACCAAGUGGAACCAGCCUGUGGGGUCAGCAGGAGACCUUCCCUUCAGCGGUCCAAGUCAGACUUGAGUGACAGGUAUUUCCGAGUAGAUGCAGAUGUGGAGAGGUUCUUCAACUACUGCGGACUCGACCCGGAAGAGCUGGAAAACCUUGGCAUGGAGAACUUUGCAAGGGCUAAUUCUGACAUCAUAUCCCUCAACUUCCGCAGCGCAAGCAUGAUCAGCUCAGACUGUGAACAGUCUCAAGACAGUAACAGUGACCUUAGAAAUGAUGACAGUGCCAAUGACCGGGUGCCAUAUGGCAUUUCUGCCAUCGAAAGAAAUGCUAGGAUCAUCAAGUGGCUCUAUAGCAUCAAACAAGCUAGAGAGUCACAGAAGGUGUCCCAUGUGUAAGAGGCACCGUGGUGGAGAGGAGGGAGGGGUGGGUCUGUCUGUGCAUACACAGUUGUGAAGGUUGUGAGGUCUCCUUGAAGUGUUGUGAGCUUCUCCACUCUUUGUGUUGCUUGUUGUGCAAUGUCCUCAAGUUGCAUGCCUGUCAACAUGGCAACUGGCCUGGCUUCCUUCUCACAUCUCUGCAGUCUUGCUGAACACUCGUCUGCCAAACGUUUCCAGCCAGAAUCUGACUGACUAGGGCUUUGCUCUUAAGCAAAACUGUUUACAGGAAAAAAAAAAAAGUUUUCAAUUUCUUCAAUAUUUAUGUGGUUCUUGUGUUUUUAUACCCCGCAUUAUUGUGUCUUAAUUAAAAAUUUUAUCAACUGGCUUUUAAGUUGAACACAGAAUCUUUUUGAAAUAAAAAGCCACUUUGCCUACAUGGGAGAUCAUAACACUGGGGAAAUGUGUGGAACUGGUUACCGGAGAAUGACUGACAGAACACAGAACCAGGCUAGAGUUUGUUUAUGCGGAAUCAGGCGGUGGGCCUUGCUCUUGUGGUUCACAGGUUGCCAUUCUCUUGCCGCGUGGUGGAGCAUUAUGGGGCAACAGUGCUGUCUUGUGUCCAAUUCAGUGUAUAUGUGGGUAGUAUUUUUGUAGUACUGUCCCAGGAAAGACAAUCUGAUAAAACCCAGGAUGAGCAAAUGCCAGAGGUUCAAUUUUGGGAGGAAGGUGGGGAGACUGUUGAUGCUGUUAAACUGGGAUAAUUCAGAACUAUCUAGUAUUAAUCUGACAGGAAGACCCACCCCAAAGCUGAUUAAAACUGAUACUGAGUGCUUUUUCAAAAAGUUAUUUUGUGGGAUUUUUUUGUUGUUGUUCUGGUUUUGGCCAAGAACUGCUAACACGUGUUGUUUCUCUUGCUCUCUUUGUAGCUGUUCUGUUUGGGGCGGGUCAGUUGGGCCUCUGCAGGUUUGCACUGAGGACCUGAAGGGAAGUGAGAUUUCCAUCGGUCAGUGCAGUCCUCCAUUCCACAGUGCGUCUAUUGGGAAGCGGAGUCACAUCUCAGCAGUGUGAUUCUGUUACCUUGCUUAGAUUCUCUCAGGCUGUGGGGAUUUGUUACAGCUCUAGGGAACUGUAGAAACACUGUAGCUGUCCACCUUGUUGUCUCUUGUUGCCUCUUCCCCAGUAACCUGCCCUCCUGGUGAUUUCAGGAGCCCUGGCACUGGAAGCAGAGGGCACCGGGCAAUGCCCACAGGUUCUCGGCAGAACCACCUUAGUCUUCAUCGGCUACUAGGAGCCUUUAACUGGUGUGAAUGCUGUAAGACUUUGUACAUACUUCAGUUGUUCUGGAACCUAAGAAGAAAAGAUAUGCUAAUAAAUAGCUCUGAUGUAGGUUCUA